AAAAAAACUUCUCAUCUCUUCCAAGUGUAUGCUGCUACACUCUUCCACUCGUCCUUAAAAAGCAGUCCUUUCUCCCCCUUUAAGCAUAUGCAAAAAUUAAAAAACUAACAUCAGAGGAAAUCUCUGGCUUCACCACUACCAAACAUGAGUAGCGCCACCACCAGCUUCGGCCGCUUCUACGAGACAUGGUACGACCAGCUCCACCACCUGGUCAAUCAACUGAGCAAAGCCCCAAAGCCUCCUACUAACCAGGAGGAUGCCACCCGUAUGUGUCUCCUCGUCGACAAACUCAUGAAUCACUAUGCUGAAUACUACAGGGCGAAGUCGGUGGCAGCAGAGUGCGACGUUUUGGGAGUGUUCACUGCCCCUUGGGCGUCCUCUCUGGAGCGGUCACUCCACUGGAUCGCUGGGUGGCGACCCACCACCUUGUUUCACCUUGUGUAUACAGAAUCCAGUAUAAUGUUCGAGUCCCACAUAAUUGAUAUUCUCAGAGGGAUCAAGACUGGAGAUCUCGGUGACCUAUCUCCCAACCAAUUUAGGAGAGUAAGCGAGCUGCAGUGCGAGACGGUGAAAGAAGAGAAUGCAAUAACGGAGGAAUUAGCAGAGUGGCAAGAUGGUGCAAGUGAGUUAACGAGGUCUACGUGCUCGGAGAUGAAUGAGAAGAUCAGCCUGUUGGUGAUGAUAGUGCAGAAAGCUGAUGAUCUGAGGCUGAGAACAGUGAGGAAGGUGGUGGAAUUUUUGACUCCACAGCAAGCUGCUGAGUUAUUGAUUGCUGCUGCUGAGUUGCAGUUUGGCAUCCGCUUCUGGGGAAGGAAUCAGGAUGUUCGUCGUCGCCAGUCUUCUUGAUCAUGCAUCCAUGGCCGCUGCUGGAUUUUCAUUUUGAUUUUAUUUUGAAGCUGUGUUACUGAUGCAGGACUAUGGUGGUUUUUUCGUUCCCUUGAAUAAAGUGUCUGUACUUCUCUUCUUCUAAGA